CACACACACACACACACACACACACACACACACACACACACACACACACCUGGCGCUCACCCAUGCGUACCCAAGUUCAGAGCCCGAAACACAGCAGACUGCAGGAGCGCAAAGGCUUCGGAGGAUCGGAGGAGGAGGAAGACGCUCGCGAGCCUCUAUCAUCAUUCAUCAGUUAUCAGUCGUCAUCCCUCAUCCCUCCUCGAUGGCUGACAGCGCGGCUGAGGACUCAGAUUACCAGCCCGAGAAGGACGAGCUGCAGUGGGGCUACGAGGAAGGUGUAGAAUGGGGGCUUCUCUUCCCAGAGGCUAAUGGGGAGUGCCAGUCACCCAUCAACCUGAACUCCCGGGAGGCCCGCUACGACCCCUCGCUCCUGGAGACGCGACUCUCGCACAACUACGUGGUGUGCCGUGACUGCGAGGUCAUCAAUGAUGGCCACACCGUGCGCAUCAUGCUCAAGUCCAAAUCAGUGGUGACUGGGGGUCCGCUGCCCAGUGACCACGAGUAUGAGCUGCACGAGGUACGUUUCCACUGGGGCAAAGAGAACCAGCGGGGGUCUGAACAUACCGUCAACUUCAAGGCCUUCCCCAUGGAGCUCCACCUGAUCCACUGGAACACCACGCUCUUCAGCAGCAUCGAAGACGCCAUGGGGAAGGAGAACGGCAUCCUCAUCAUCGCUCUCUUUGUACAGAUAGGGAAAGAGCACCUGGGCUUGAAGGCCAUAACAGAGGUCCUGCAGGAUCUACAGUACAAGGGGAAGGCAAAAAUAAUACCGUGCUUCAAUCCCAACACGCUGCUCCCUGACCCCCUCCUGCGCGACUACUGGGUGUACCAGGGUUCUCUCACCAUGCCCCCCUGCAGCGAGAAUGUCACCUGGAUCCUGUACCGCUACCCCCUGACCGUCUCGCAGCUCCAGAUCGAAGAGUUCCGAAGACUGAGAUCCCACAUCAAGGGGGCGGAGCUUCCGGAGGGCAACGAUGGGAUGCUGGGAGACAACUUCCGGCCCACACAGCCUCUCAGCGACAGGGUGGUCAGGGCUGCCUUUCAGUAGGGGUGUCGGGGCCCUCCGGCGCUAUGCACCAUGGAGCGGGGCGGGAGGAGACAGCGAGACGACGGCCCCCCCGCGGGACCCAGCUGGACGCAGGGGCGGCCCUCCUUCGCCGUGGCCCACAAAGGCAGCAUUGUACCGCGUGCUGUCCCCCGCCCAGCACUUGACGCGCCGCUGCAGCUGGGGCCCGGCUCCAUGGCCCGCACUACCGAGAGACGGCAGCAGGGGACGCUCUCCAGCCAAACGCCCCUAGGAAGCUGUACCCAUUAAACAAUCAAACAGCAGUUUGCUGGUAGAAUACUUACUACAGAAU